AUGUCAGCCGAGCCAAUACUACCAAAAUCAACUCAACGCGGAAAGCGAAGGGAAGAUGAUAAUUACGUCAUCAACUCCCGUAAGCGUGACGUCAUGAGUCACACUAGGCUUCUGAUUGCCACGUGGCAAAAUUCUUAUACACUGAUGGUUGAUGAUGAGUUUGAUCCAGGUGGUGGUUUCAGUGGUAGUGGAGGCAGGGUUGAUUUUAGUCUCUCCUCUUUCUCUAUGUUGGUGUUGGUAGACCAAUGGUGCUUGGUGGGUUUCGGUGGUGAAACGGUGGUGAUGGGUGGGCUUAGGUGGUGGAACGGGGUGAUGGUUUUUCUGCCUAACUUGGAGAAACUAUAUCUCCAACGAAUCAGUGUGGUGCACAUAGUAGACUACCAAAUGCAAGGAUGGUCCUUCCACAAACCAAGAGGCUUGGAUGUGUCGUAUUGUGAAAAGGUUUUCAAUGUUGUUGCACCUGGUCAGCAAAAACUAUUUCCAAAUCUUGAAUUCCUUCAUGUCGAUGAUUGUUGCGAACUGGAAGCGGUGUUUAACUUCGAGGGGUUAACAACUAGGAGAGAUCAUGCUGAAGUCACACUUGGUCAGUUGGAGUUGAUGAGCCCCGAUUCGAUUGGGUCAGACCCAAGUAAUUAA